AUGGUUGAAUCGGUUUCUAGGGAGCUACUCAAGCGUUAUGGCGCUGUGCCUUGCACUAUAAGCUGGAAAGCUUCUACCAGGGCCGGUGCUCCACAGCUGGCUUCCACCAGAGCUGGUUUCCCACCAGAAGCUGGCUGCCCACUGGCUCCACCAGCUUCCCACUGGCUCCCACCACCAGCUCCCACCAGAGCUGGCUCACCAGAGCUCCACCAGCCUUGGCUCUCACCACAGAGCAGCCUCCCACCGGCUCACCACCAGAGCCUUCCACCAGAGCUCGGCUUCUCACCAGCCGGCUGCCUCACCAGCUUCCCAUGCCGGCUCCCACCAGCUGGCUCCCACCAGGCUCCCACCAGAGCUGGCUUCCCACCAGCUGGCUCCCACCAGAGGCUCGGCUCCCACCAGCCUCCCACCAGAGCCGGGCUCCCACCAGCCGGCUCCACCACUGGCUCCCAGAGCUGGCUUCCACCAGAGCUCGGGCUUCCCACCAGCUGCCUGGAGGCUUCACCACCAGCUGGUUCCCACCACAGCUGGAGUUUCCACCAGAAGCUUCCCACUUCACCAGCUGGCUUCCCACCAGAAAGCUCGGCUCCACCAGAAGCCUGGAGCUCUCACCAGAAGCCGAAGGCUCUCACCAGAAGAUGGCUUCCUACCAGAGCUCGGGUGCCUCACCAGAAGCUGAAGCCUACCAGACUGGCUCCACCAGAGCCCACUGGCUCCCACCACGCCCACCAGCUCCCACUGAAGCUCCCACUCCCAGCUGGAAUGCCUCACCACUGGCUCGGAGUUUCCACCAGAAGCCUGGCUCACCUUCCACCAGCCCACCAGCCAAGCUCUCACCAGGGUGCUUCCCACCAGCUCGGCUCACCACCGGCUCCCACCCACUGCCUCACCAGCCGCUUCCCACCAGCUCCCAGCUCGGGCUCCCAGCCGUCCCACCACUCCUGGCUCCCACCACCAGCUCCCACCAGCCGCCUCCCACCAGAGCUGGCUCCCACCGCCUGGCUCCCACUGCCUCCCACCAGCUUCCCAGGCUUCCACCAGGCCGCCCCACCAGCUGGCUCCCACCAGCUCGGCUCACCAGUUUCCACCAGAGGCCGCUCCCACCAGCUGGAGGAAUCGCCUCUCACCGCAGCUCGGCUCCCACCAGAGCUGCUUCCACCAGGAGUCAAGCUCCCACUCGCAGCUCAAGGCCUCACCAGCCGGCUCACCGGGCUUCCACCAGGAGGCCGGCUCCCAGAGCUUCCAGAGGUCAAGCUCUCACCAGAACUGGCUCCUGGCUCCACCAGCUCCCACUGCAGGCUCCCACUUCCACCAGCUGGCUCCCACUGGCUCCCACCAGCUCCCACUGGCUCCCACUGCACCUCCCACUGGCUCCCACCGCCCGGCUCCCACCAGCCUGCCCCACCAGCCUGGCUCACCAGGUUUCACCAGCUGCCUCCAGAGGCUGGCUCACCAGCCGAGGCUCACUGCUCGGUUCACUGCAGGCUCCGGCUCUCACCAGAGGCCGGGUGCUCUCCACCAGAGGCGCUCCCAGCUGCUUCCCACCAGAGCUGGCUUCCACCAGAAGCCGGGUUUCCACCAGUUUUACUGCUGAAAGCUCUUCCACCAGAAGCUCUCACCAGUUUGUCUCCCAGAGCUGGAAAGCUCUCCCAGGAGGCUGAAAGCUCUUCACCAGAGCUGGCUUCCUCCCAGAAGCUGCUCUCCCAGAAGCUGGCUCCCAGAAGCUGA